CACUCCUCCCUUUACCUAUUGUGGGAUGGAUUGUUUUGGUCCUUUCUACGUCAAGGAAGGAAGAAAGGAGUUAAAGCGCUACGGUCUGCUACUCACCUGUUUGUGUUCUCGCGCCGUACACAUAGAGCUACUUGAUGACAUGACUACUGACGCUUUUAUCAAUGCGCUCCGCGCAUUCAUCGCUCUACGAGGAAAUGUUCGACAACUUCGAUCAGACCAAGGUACGAACUUUGUGGGUGCGAGACGCGAGUUCCUUGAAGCUGUAAAAGAGAUGGAUCAAGAGAGCCUAAAAGAACUUGGCUGUGAGUUUGUGAUGAACACUCCUUCUGCAAGCCACAUGGGCGGCGCCUGGGAAAGGCACAUCAGGACCAUUAGGAGUGUGCUGACAUCCAUCCUGGAUCAGUCUUCUCGAAGACUGGAUAGCUCAUCUUUGAGGACUUACCUGUACGAGGUAAUGGCAAUCAUAAACAGCAGACCUCUAACUACUCACCUUCUCAAUGAUCCCACAGGGCCACAGCCUCUAACGCCUAAUCACAUUUUGACGAUGAAAUCCUCGAUAGUCCUGUCUCCUCCUGGAAAGUUUGUGAAGGAAGACCUGUACUUACGGAAAAGAUGGCGUAGAGUGCAAUACUUAACUGAAGAAUUCUGGUCCCGAUGGAAGAAAGAGUACCUGUUGAAUCUACAACAGAGAGAAAAAUGGAACAAGACGAAGAGAAAUGCAAAGAUCAAUGACAUAGUGAUUAUAAAGGAUGAAAAUACACCAAGAAAUGAAUGGAAGCUGGCUAAGGUCACACAAGUGUACCCAAGUGAAGAUGGUCAUGUGAGGAAGAUACAGUUAUUGAUCAGCGACUCAGAACUAAAUGACACUGGAAAACGAGUCAACAAGCAAACCUACCUGGAGAGACCUAUACAUAAGACUGUGACCUUGCUUGAAGCAGAAUGAGAGCCUCCAGUCUACCCUCUCUAGAGCUCCCCUCCCUAGCGCCAGCUAGCUUAUGACCUAAUCCUUAGUUAUAGUUACCUCAAUUAUACUUACCUCAGUUAUACUUACCCUUUUUCUCUUAGUCCUACUCAUCUCAGAUAGUUGAAGAAAAUCACAAGUGAUUUGGUGGGAGUGUAGCUGCCAUAAGAAAAUGCACUGAUAUGUAACGUUUUGAGCUAAGCUCUGUUUCCAAGUGGGAACCAAUUUUAGUUUUUGUGUUAGCGGUUCCUUUUUGUGAGUUACACAAGGGCGAGUGUGUCUGAUUUUGAGCCACCGGGUGGCGACGUUUUCCGUUUGCAUAAGCAAGUGAUGAAGAAGGCAAGGAAUGCUUAUUUAGUUUCCUUUAUGAUAGCAUUUUUGUUUAUUGGUGAAACCGGAGUUUUGAAGACCUGUAUUGUCAAGAUUUACGUUUUUCUUCGUUUUCUCCCUCGAGCAAAUGCGGCAAUGAGGUAAUCCUUAGAUGUUAGCCAUGCUAUGUUAUGUUAGCAAGAACAUGACGAAUGUGUUUUAAGUGCAUGAGCAGAUUUAAGUUAUUUUGUGUGUAACGUUUAUUGUUCUCUGUGAGAACUUUUUAUGUUAAUAGUCUUUAUCAGGGAUUGAA